AUUUGUACUUUCUAGCAGAACCCUGAUUUAUCAAUGGACUUUUGCCUACCUUUUUAACAGACCUUUUGUAGUUCAUUGCAGCAGGCACUGGGAGCAAAUGAGAAUGUAUUUCCUGUUUCAAAUUCCAAUCAGUAAAAAAAAUAACCUAGAAAAAAUCAUAGGUUUUUGCUUGUUAUAUUUUAUGUUUGUAUUUCACUCUAUGCUUAAACCCAGCAUAAUAUCAUUCAUUGCUAAUGCUUGCUAAACACUUUAGAUAACAUGAUUAGAGAACUAGAGAUAAGAUAAAUAUGUUCUAUUCUUUUUGGAGUGGUAAUCUGCUACUGUGUAGAAAAGGGUUUUACUUCUUUGGGGGCGUUGCGGAUGGCAGAGAUGAGCUCCUAGCAGAGGUGUGGUCCCUUACAUCACAGCAGUUGUUGUUUAUGCAAUAGUCCCAUUUGGUUUCCAGAUCUGUGGGCUGUGCCAUGACAAGUUUGCCAGUUUGAUCUGAUUCUCAUAUCUGCAUUAAGUUCACUAACGUGCACGAGGCCUAACACAGCAACUCAAACAUCCUUACUAAAUGUUCCAACUCUUUAACCCCAAACGAGAAGAAAUGAGCAGCAAAGUGUAGAACAGAUCUACUUGAUACACUAUUUAAUUUGAAAACAUAAUGUCUGCUCUUUGGAUGUAUCAGCUUUAAGAUACCUCUUGGGACAAUGUCGUAAAUCAUGAAUGUCAACAUAAAUUAAAAUUGUAUCAAUUAUCUAUUUGUUUGUAUGUUUUAGAAAAUAGGCACUGAUACAAGACAUUUUGGAGAGAGAAGAUUUAAGAAUGACUGAUGCCACCAGUAUAGUACUUGAUUCAAAUAUUACAGAAUCGGAAUCACGGAAACACCAAGGGAUGACAGUAAAAUAAAGAAACAAGAUGGUCCAGCACUUUGUGAUCUUCGCCUUUGUAAGGAUGGGCCAAUAAGAAAUGGACACAUUGGGCAGAGGCCACCACCAAUCAACCCCGAAAGACUGAAAGAUUUCGUUGAGGAGGAUUACCUCAAUGGGGACGUGAAGACGUGGGAAAUGAAGAUAGUCAGCCGUAAUGAGGAGUUACUUGGGGAUGCCCUUUCCCUCCUCCCUCAGUCAAGCAGCAGGACCAGCCUGUCCAGCCACAACAAACUGAUUCGAUUUGAAGACAUUAGUGCAGCAGCUUUCAAAAUCCAAUCCGGUGUUCAGAAAACCCCUUGCAUGUACUCCAGGCUAUCCAAGCUGUAUGGAGUUGACCUCUACCUAAAGAAAGAGUUCCUCCAGUACACGGGAUCUGUGAAGGAGAGAGGUGUGCUUUAUCUUCUGACAUCACUGCCUCAGGAUCAGCAAAGGAAGGGAGUGAUUGUGGCUUCAGAUGGGAACUUUUCCAUGGCUGUUGCUUACCAUGCCUCAGAGCUUCGUAUCCCAGUUUUUGUCAUCAUGUCAACCAGCACUUCCCCUGCCAGAGUGAAAAUGUGCCGUGAGUACGGUGCCAUGGUUAUAUCCUAUGGCACUACAGCUAAGGACUCCCAGAUGCAUGCAAGAAGGCUGGCACAGGAAAAUGGUUAUCUCUACCUGGAAGAGGAGGACAGUGCUGUGUACCUGUCGGGCCUUGGCACCAUGGGGCUAGAGAUGUACGAGCAGGUGCCCAAGCUGGACGCAGUGAUUUUGCCUGCAGGAGGCCACUGUGGCUUGCUGGCAGGCUCAGCUGCUGCACUAAAACACCUCAACCCACGUAUUUCUGUCAUUGGGGUUGAAUCUGAAAGCUUUCCUGUAUUGCAGCAGUCCCUGAAGGCUGGCCACCCAGCUGAAGACCAGGCUUGCAACAACCAUCACUUUUAUGGAGAUGUGAGUGGACUUUGCUUUGGCAGCAACUCUUUGCAGCUGACUGGGAAACUUGUGGAUAAGGUUGUUGCUGUGAGCGAGGAGGAUGUCCUCAUUUCAAUGCUGAGAUUGCUGGAGUACGAGCGAGCCACAGUUGAUGCAGAAGGGGCCAUUGGGCUUGCAGCACUGGUCGCUGGGAAGCUGCCUGAGUUGAAGGGUAAAAGAGUGGCAAUUGCUAUUUGCAGUGGAAAUGUGGAUUUACAUUUGCUGCAGCAAUGCAUUGCUCGUGCCCUGACCCUUGAGAGCAGAGUGUGCAGAUUUUCCCUGGUGAUUUCUGACUGCCCAGCAGAUGUUUCAAAGCUACUGGAAGUUUUGGCUCGGGAAGAAGCAAGAGUUUUGGAUAUCAGACAAGAACGCACAUUUGUGACAUCGGAGCUCUUCAGUGUUGAGGUCACCUGCACCGUGGAGACCAGAGACAAGAUCCACACAGCCCAGCUGCGGAACGCGCUGCUGGAACGCUACCCCACAGCCGCGUGGACAGAGCGAUGACGAGCAGAGCACAGAUGGGGCUGAGGCCCCAGGACAAGUAUUUUGUGGAGCACUAAUCUUGAGGCAUUCAGAACAGAUAGUACCUUUCGGGGCUGAACACUUAGCAAAUAGCUUCAGGAUAUUUAUUUCCUGCUCAAAAUGUAGCACGUGUCCUUGGAAAUGAAGUUUAACUUGGAACUUUAGCUUAGCUAAAGGCCAUUUAAUAGUUUCUGCUAGUGUUGGAAUUCUCAGCUGGCUCACUGUUUUUUUAAUAGAACCUAGAAUCCUAUGGCAUCCAGUGAAUAAACAGGAGAAAGCAUUUUUCUUGAUAUUUGAAUGUAGACCAUUGGGUUUUUGGAUACUGAUGCCACUAUUAAAGCAAUGUAGCUCCUUCUGCUGGGUUCUCCUAUAUCACUAGUACCAUCUUUUCUAUUUCCAAGCCAGAAGCUGAAUCUGCUUCAGGGAGGACAUAAGUGUGUGGGAGUGUGAAUGUAUUUAAGUUUGCAUAAGAGCUCUGCUAUCAUGGAAAAAUACUGUGCUAAUAAAGUGCAAUAUAAAGAAACUCUUGAAAGAUAAAAGCCAA